UCUCUCCUAAGCUUCCAGCUCGUGGAGUGAUUGAUGGUUCAGGGUUCAACGUCCAGCGUCAGGCUCUUGCUCUGCGCACCCAGGAAACGAUCAGACGGGGAAUCGACCGCCAAUAAAGCUGCAGGUCUCGGGCUACGGGAUGUAAUGGUCAUCCAAACGGGCAUUACCCCUCACAAUAGAUAUUCCGCCUGACGCAUCAGCUCCAGCCUUUGCGCCAACCUUUCACCAACUUUGUACCCAUCAACCUUAGACCCUGGGGACAGGGCACGCGGCACGCGGCAUUGUGAUGGCGUCGUCUAGCGCCGCCAUCCGCUUCGUCACUGGGACCAAAAAGUCACCCGUCGGCAGCGUCCACCUGCAGCUCCACGUCAAGCCUGGCGCCAGCAAGAACCGUGAGGGCGUCCUUGCCGUCACCGACGAUGCCAUUGAGAUUUGCGUCGCCGCACAGGCAAGGGAGGGCGAGGCCAACAAGGCCGUCGUCCAGGUCCUCAGCUCUGCGCUGGGCGUUCCAAAGUCGAGGCUGCAACUGACACACGGCAUGAAGUCACGCGACAAGACGGUUGUCUUGGGAGAUAUCAAGGGUGAUGGGGAGGAGUUUGCGAAAACAAUUCGGGAGCUGCUGGACAAGGCCGUCGAAUAAACUUGCAUCCAGACCAUCCCUUCGGAGUACCAAGAUUCCUCCUCACUCAGGAUGCAUUUUCAACCAACAGUCCACAGCUAUCCCUUCCAGGAUUACACCACAGUGAAUUCUACCAAGCGCCGCAGUUUGCAAGUCACGGAUUGAGAUGCCGUGCAUUUCACCUUUUGUUCAAAGACUUGGCCUGAAUCCGGGUCGUCACAAGCAAUUUGUUGAAUCGAGACGGCCAUUUUCAAUGCAUGCAACCCACAUGACGACCCAAUUGAGCUUGUACACCCCAACGCCACUGUGUUUGCACUUUCUUUCUUCACAGAGUUCGAGGAAUCGAAAGCGAGCCCCACCAGGUCAACUUGGUACCAAAUCAGCGCCGGUAAAGGACCAUGGCCUGUACAACACCAAAUUAGAGCAUCACUUUCAUCAGUAGCGGAAACAAGCC